GGGCGGGGCGGGCCGCGGCCCCUGCAUCUGGAGCCCUUGGGGACCCCGAGACCCUCAGGAUCCACCCGGGCUCCGGGACCUCCUUUCAGCUCCCCGCUGGAGCCCCUGCCCUCGAGACCCCCUCAGGAUCCGCCCGGCCCCUCCAGGCCCGCGAACCUCGAAACUCCCUCGAUUUCCUCUGGACUCUGAGGACCUCGGCCCUGAGAACCGCUGGUUCCGGAAACUCUCGGGCGGCCGCCUCUGCAGCCCCCAGGUCCCCCUACCUUCCGGGGGGAGCCGGGAGUUCCAGUGUCCUGAGCCCCCCGGGCUGCCGUGCCGCCCACCCCGAGGCUCCCUCUCCGACUGGGUUUCUCCAGCGAGGGGUCCCUGGAUCUGCGGGGCGCGGGUGGAAGUGUCCCCAGGGCCGGUGAUGACUUCAGGCGUUAACAGCGCGCCGGACGGCGACCUCCCGUAGACGUGGGCUGUGGUCCCUGCGCCCGCAUGUGCGGGGCCGGGUUUAACUUUUAAGGCUCUGCUGAGACUCGGGUGGCCGCACAGGACAGUGUCGAGAGCACUGAGGAGGGAGCGAGGCUCCAGGAAUUGACACUGGAGAUGACACAGCCCCAGCUGUCAGGACCUAGGGAACCGGGGCAUAAGGAAAGGUCUCAACUCUGAUCCAGGCUGGAGUUCAGUGGCGUGAUCGUGGCUCACUGCGGCCUCAACUUCCCAGGCUCAGGUGAUUUUUCCCACUCAGCCUCCCAAGUAGUUGGGACUGCAGACUGGAUUUCAGUACAGCCAAGGGGAGGACUGGUGUCUGGAGCUCGUGCUGGCGAGAAGGGCCACGCCGCAGCCCAGUGCUCUGCACCUCACGGAGUGCUCGUUGGCUUCCCAUGAAAAACUGCUCCUGACUUCACUUUGUUGUGCCGCUUGCUGUGUUCUGCUCCUGUGAAUUCACAGAUGGAUUCAGUGGAAAAGACAACAAACAGAAGUGAACAAAAAUCCAGUAGAAAGUUUUUAAAAAGCCUCAUCCGGAAGCAGCCCCAGGAACUGCUCUUGGUUAUCGGGACUGGCGUCAGCGCAGCCGUGGCCCCAGGAAUCCCUGCCCUUUGCUCAUGGAGAAGCUGCAUCGAGGCCGUCAUCGAGGCUGCAGAGCAGCUGGAGGUGCUGCACCCCGGGGACAUUGCUGAGUUCCGGAGGAAAGUGACCAAGGAUCGGGACCUGUUGGUUGUUGCCCAUGAUCUGAUCCGGAAGAUGUCACCUCGCACAGGCGACACCAAGCCCAGCUUCUUCCAGGACUGCCUGAUGGAGGUGUUUGACAACCUGGAGCAGCACAUCCAGAGCCCUCUGGUGCUGCAGUCGAUCCUCAGCCUGAUGGAGAGGGGCACCAUGGUCCUGACCACCAACUACGACAACCUGCUGGAGAUCUUUGGCCAGCAACAGAACAAGCCCAUGGAGUCUCUGGACUUGAAGGACAAGACCAAGGUCCUCCAGUGGGCGAGAGGACAUAUCAAGUACGGCGUUCUUCACAUUCACGGUCUCUACACAGACCCCUGUGGGAUGGUGUUGGAUCCCUCGGGAUAUAAAGAUGUCACUCAGGACCCGGAAGUCAUGGAAGUCCUUCAGAACUUAUACCGUACCAAGUCUUUUCUGUUUGUGGGCUGUGGAGAGACCCUUCGUGAUCAGAUAUUCCAGGCCCUCUUUCUUUACUCUGUGCCGAAUAAGGUGGAUUUGGAGCACUACAUGCUUGUGCUGAAGGAAAAUGAAGACCAUUUCUUUAAGCAUCAGGCAGAUAUGCUUUUGCAUGGAAUCAAAGUUGUAUCCUACGGGGACUGUUUUGACUGUUUUCCAGGAUAUGUGCAAGACCUUGCCGCUCAGAUCUGCAGACAGCGAAGCCCAGAUGCUGAUCGAGUGGACAGCACCACAUUAUUGGGUAAUACGUGCCAGGACUGUGCAAAGAGGAAGUCGGAGGAGAAUGGGAUUGAAGUUUCAAAAAAGCUCAGACAACCAGAUGCUGGUAUCGUGUCUGUUCUUCUUGUGGGAGCUGCCUCAGAUGAUGCUGGAGGGUCUUGAAAUACUUAAAACCAGUACAACUUGCAACUUGAAAGCCAGCCUUCUGUAACCACAGUGCCAUGCCCAAACCACGAGGAAUGUACGGAGAACUCCACGUGGAUCUCUGAUUGCCAAACAGUCACACACACCAAGAGAGCCACAUGGGUGUGUGGCCCUCAGGGCUGGGUGAGAGGGCUCCCCUGUGUGUUGAACCGUGGAGGAGGUGACUCGGGCACACUUCAGGUGGACUUUGCGAGGACUGAUGGAUGGCCACCUCGGGCCAGAAUCAGUGGGCAGGGGUGGAAACCAGUGUUCCUGUUCCCAUCUGACAGGCUCACUUUUGUCAAGGUGGUACUUUUUCCUAAUAAAAGGGGAGAGUAAAGACUGUCCAAAGAGAAAAUAAGAAAUAGACAUGUGUGUGUGUGUGUGUGUGUGUGUGUAUAUAUAUAUAUAUAUAUAUAUAUUUUUUUUUUUUUUUUUUUAGACGGAGUCUUGCUCUUUGGCCCAGGCUGGGGUGCAGUGGCGUGAUCUUGGCUCACUGCAACUUCACCUCCUGGGCUCAAGUGAUUCUCCUGAGUAGCUGGGAUUACAGGUGUCUGCCACCACGCCUGGCUACUUUUUGUAUUUUUAGUAGAGACAGAGUUUCACCAUGUUGGCCAGGCUGGUCUUGAACUUGACCUCAGAUGAUCUGCCCGCCUCAGCGUCCCAAAGUGCUGGGAUUAUAGGCGUGAGCCACCGCGCUGGUGAAAUAGACAUGUUUUAUAAUUUCUAUGUGGAAACAUGUUUCUAUAGAAAACAUUUUAAAGGUAUGUUUGUUCCACUGUUAAGCAGUAAAGAAUGAAUCCACUCGUGAAAAUGGUAUGUUUUUAGAAAGAACACCUGGAUCAAAAGGGCUUCUUUGGAAUUAGGUCGUUUUAGUAACUUAUGUUCCAAAGAAACACAGGUCUGAUGUGGCUAAAAACUGUGAAAUCGGAAGAGCUGGAGGCCCUUUUCAGAAGUUCAGGCCAGCACUGUGCAGGGCCACUGCGCGACUGACAACCAGGACAGCACGAGUGACGCCCGAGACCAGGUUUCAAACAUUGUAAAUUCUAAGCUUUGCAGGUCUUUAUUCUCUGGGGUAAGAUCCCGUCUUUCUGUUUUUGGUUCUUAAAAUUCUCUUCCAUGGUCCAUGUUAAGGGGGUUUGCACAGAGUGAGGGAGCCUGCAACACUUAAAACCUUUUCAGGGUUCACUCACAUGAAACAGCUGUGCUGGGCACUCUGCUGGUGCCCAGGGAACUUCCCUGACUGACCUGGCAGAGCUUCCGUGGCGAUGCAUGAGUGGCACUCAAGUGGAGGGUUCUCUUUGGAAACAAGCAACCCUGCUUGGUUUCAGUUUGAGGCCACUUCAAUGUGGCAUUUCUUACCAAGCCCUGUGACACUCCCCAUUGAUGACUCCCACAGGUACAGAGGAAGUUAAGAACAGGAGACAGAAGGAUAGGAUGCAUAGGAAGGGACAGAGCCCAGAGACCUGCCGAAGACUUUUUUCUUUUUGAUGCAUGGAAAAUAUAUUUUAUGCCACUCCAGCCAUAAAUAAAAUGGUAACUUCAA